AUUAAGCAAGAAAAAAUUGAGACCCGCUUCAAGAUUAUCCUUAUUCCCCUCACACACUCCCAACAUGACGAGGUUGCAACUCUGAAUACGAGAAGUCGUGGGAACAAACACGCAACACUUGACAACAGAAAAAAACAAAUCCAGAUUCACACAUUCAUUCAUUUCAUCAAUUAUCUCCAAAAUCCAUCCUUACUAGUCAAUACUACCAUGUGUGGCAGUACCGCUUUUUUCUUCUUCUGACUAUUCACUCCUUCCUUCACUCCACUGACCCAGCACCAGCACCACUCCUUUCAUCUUUGGUUUGGCAAGAUCAACAAACGGAAAGAAAAAAAAUCCUACCUUUUGCUUCUGUUCCUGAGAAAAUCACUUUUUUGUCAAUACCCCAUGUGCUAUAUUCUUGUUAUUCCCAACAUCACAUGUUCGAAAGUUGAUUUUGCAGUUUGCACCCUUGUUAGAUCUCAGGGUGGUUUAUGUUGUGUCACAAAAAAAUUCUGAAAUUUUGAUGACCAUGUGAUGAAUUUCACACCUUUGUAUUACUGGGUGACUUCAUUUGUAUUCAAAAUUGGAUAUUACAUAAAAACCAGAGGGUGGUUGCCAUAGAAGUUUUUUUUUUUUUUGGUUUUAAUUUGUUAACAAGAUGCAAUCAAGGGUUUUGACCCUUGAAGAGGGAAAGGAGAGAAUCAACCAAUCUAAUAAGCCUUUGAGACCAGUGCGGUUACUUGUGUUGUUUUUUGCUCUAUGUGUUCUGUUCUCAGUGAUCAGCAUAUACACUGUUAAGCAUUUUGGAAUUGAGAGUGUGGUGACCACAAUGAGUUCUAGUUUUCAGCCAUGUUAUUAUGAGGAACCUGGUGGUUUGGAUAAGUGGAUUAGGCCACCUUCAAGCCUGAUCCACAAUAUGAGUGACGAAGAGCUUCUUUGGAGGGCUUCCUUUGUUCCAAGGAUCAAGGGUUACCCUUAUCCUAGAGUUCCCAAGAUUGCAUUCAUGUUCUUGACCAAGGGACCAUUGCCUCUGGCACCCCUUUGGGAGAGGUUUCUCAAGGGGCAUGAGAAGUUUUAUUCCAUAUAUAUUCAUUCACUGCCCUCAUAUCAACCUCAGUUUCCUCCUUCAUCUGUCUUUUACAGCAGGCAAAUCCCUAGCCAGGUUUCUGAGUGGGGAAGGAUGAGCAUGUGCGAUGCUGAAAGAAGACUCCUUGCUAAUGCAUUGCUUGAUAUCUCCAACGAGUGGUUUAUUCUGCUGUCUGAAUCAUGCAUCCCCCUCUACAAUUUCAGCUUUGUCUACCACUACAUAAUGAAAUCCAAGCACAGCUUCGUGGGUGCAUUUGAUGAUCCCGGUCCAUACGGAAGAGGGCGCUACAACGAGCACAUGGCCCCUCUGGUGAAUGUCACCAAGUGGCGCAAGGGCUCUCAAUGGUUCGAAGUAAACCGGAAGCUCGCCAUCACCAUAGUUGAAGACACUACAUUUCAUCCAAUAUUUGAACAAUAUUGUAGGCCGGCUUGUUACGUUGAUGAGCACUAUUUCCCCACCAUGCUCACCAUUCAAGCAGCCAAUGUGUUGGCGAACAGGAGCAUAACUUGGGUGGACUGGUCUAGGGGUGGAGCUCACCCUGCUACAUUUGGAAGAAAUGAUAUCACUGAGGAGUUUUUCAAUCGAGUUCGCAGAGGUCACACUUGCCUAUACAACAAUAGAAACUCUUCAGUUUGUGCUCUUUUUGCCAGAAAAUUUGCUCCUAGUGCUUUGGAACCUUUGUUACAUAUGGUGGAUUCAAAGGUUUUGGACUUUUGACAAAUAUUUUUAUCCUCACUUACUUUCCAUUGCAACUUUGGGAAAAUAUAGAUGUAGAAUAAAGUCUUAGAUACUAGUAAAAUUCAUCAUAUGGCAUGGCAUGAUAUGAUAAUUGCCUGAUUUGAGAGUGUGUUAGGUGGUAGAGUGACCCCAUUUCAUAUACACCGUCGAGUCAUUUUUGAAUGUACAAAGGAGACGUAUUUUAUCAUACUUUUGCUUAACAUUAAUUGCUUGGAUAUUUUCUUUUA